AUGGCUAGCGAAACCGCACCCACGCCUGUUGCGUCAAGCGAUGAAAAGAAUUUAGUAGUCUCAUUCCUUCAGUUCAUCCGGCAAAAAGUUGCGCAGAACGAGUGCACUCCGGAUCAAAUUGAAACUUUAGAAGGUUUCUCGUAUUUUUUUUUUCAAAUCAUAUUAAAAACUACCAAUUUUUCGAAUUUAAAUUGAGUAUUUUUACUCAUUUUUUCCAUCUCAUUCGAAAUUCAGUUGCUAUUCAAUGUCUCGAGCACUCGUUCGGUCUUUCUGACGCCAACUAUGCUUUCCAACCGUCUCGCCCUCUUCUAGAAGUUUUCAAAUCUGCAGAAGGGCUUCCUUCGGUUUUUUUUGUUAUUUCUUUCUUGAAUAAUCAAUCAAUCUAAGGGAGAAACCGAGCUUCCGCCUCCUACUGAAGUUGAAAUCUCGCAAGCGAACAAGCUGAAAGAAGAGGUUAAUAAAUCAUACCACAAAAAGUAUGUAUCGCUUGCAGGGUAACGAUUUGAUGAAAAACUCUCAAUUUGAUGCGGCUGUGAACAAGUACAGCGAGGCAAUCAAGCUAAACAGGGAUCCUGUCUAUUUUUGCAAUCGGUAGAGAUUGUCUUUCCUUUUCGAUUUGAAAGUAACGAAAGUUUCAGCGCUGCGGCUUACUGUCGCCUGGAGCAUUAUGAUUUGGCCAUUCAAGACUGCCGCACGGCCUUGGCUCUUGAUUCUUCCUACAGCAAAGCUUGGGGGCGCAUGGGGUAGGUUUUCUUUCUCAAAUUUUUAUUUUCUCUGUUGUUUCAACUCUUUUUUUUGUUGAUACGCGCGCCUCCUAGGUAUCUUCAAAAACGAACACUCAAUAUUUUUCAGUGUGCACCAAAGCUUGCGCCAUUUUGCUCGCUCUAGAUUUUUUUUUUAUCGGCACAAUCAAUUCGAUCAAGUCUCUUAUUAUUUGUUAACUCUUUCAUGGAUUGUGUUUGGGGUGAUUCAUUCAUCUGUAAGGAAAAUAAUAAUUUAAAAAAGAAGAUCAUUGGUUUUUUGAAAAGACGCAGCUCUUUUCACUUCCCUUAUUUUUGUUCGUCUCUUCGUAAAACAAAUUUCAUUUGUAGAUUUGUUUAGAUUGGCUUUCUCGUGUCAAAACCGAUAUGAACAAGCUGUGGAGGCUUACAAAAAGGCAUUGGAGCUUGAGCCCAAUCAGGAAAGUUACAAGAACAACCUGAAAAUCGCUGAAGACAAGGUUAAAGAAAUUGAAACGGCUCGUGGCUCUACAGCUGGCCAGGUGAAGCUCAGCGAGAAAAACUUAUUUUCCAACUAUUUUCCAGGCUAACCCACUGGCAAAUCUUUUCGGAGGCGCUACAGGAGGUGCUCCUGCCGGUUUUCCCAAUAUCGGACAACUGUUCUCCGAUCCUAAUAUGAUGAAUGUCGCGCAACAGAUGCUCAGCGACCCCGGAAUCAACGAUAUGGUUUCUUUUUUCUUUUUUUAGAAGUUGCGAAUGUUUUUUUUUUCAGAUGAACAGCAUCAUGACAGGAGGAGCUGGUGGUAUGUCCGACUUGCUCGCCGCUGGACAAAGAGUUAGUUGAAUUCAGUUGUUAAUUAGUUCUGAUCUUGCGUUUUAUCAACUACAAAACGUCCUCCUUCCAUCGUUCAAUCUGUUCAUUCGUUUUCUUGGUCUCUCUAAAGUAUCUCAUUGUAAUUUUGAAAAAUUAUAGAAAAAGCUGGUUAUGUUGCGGGAUAUUUUUCAAUUGUUAUUCUGGUCCCACUUUUGUCUCUUUGAACUUUGAAAAAUAUUUUUAAAAAAAAUUGGUAAUUGUGUUUCAAAAUAUCCGAUAUGCUUGAAAGAAAAUUAUUUUCGAAACAACUUUUUUAGAUGGCGCAGCAUAUGGCUCAAACGAACCCCGAAAUGAUCGAACAGCUGAGGAGACAGUUUGGCAGCGAUCCCAACGCUGGACCUGGUGAUUUUUCGGUUCAGUUAUUGGAAAUUUCGAAGUAUUUUAGAUGGUCAAAACCCUCCUCCACAGCCUCCUCCGCAAUAA